AUGGCAGAGAUGGAAGAAAUGUUUACUGACAGCACCAAGGACAACGACAGCACCCUCGGUGCCAACGACCCCGAGCUUGAGCUGCAGCGUUGGCAGCAGUGGCGAAACGUCGACCUCGCCCGUACCGUGGCCCCGCCGACGGGGAGCUCGACUCAACCAAUCGAAAUCGACUGCGCGGGCACCGCGGACAACAACACGGCGCUUGCCGGGGGGGGGGAGGAAGAGCGAACUGCGGGCGGUCCGGAAGGCGAUGCUCCUGUGGCGGCGACGGAGGGAGAAACACUUUGGGGGCAUGCUGUCCACGAGCACGAGCUUUCUGCCGGCGACCAGGUCUACGUGUACCGCGGGGUCAUCCAGCACCACGGGAUCGUGACGCACGUGCCGGUCCCCGGACGAGCGGGAGGCGUGCGGGUCGUGCACUUCGACUCCAACUGCGACGGCGUGGAAUCGACAAGCCUGGAGACGUUCCUGAACGGCGGCACCUUGAGAAGAGCCACGUACGGCGCAAGCGCGUGGUCGACCGGCCUCGACUACGGGGCGAGCUACGGCUGCGCCACGGACGAUCCUGCGCUUAUCGUGACCCGCGCCACGGAGGCGGCCAAGUUUGGCGAGGGUGCCAGCGGGUGGAGCGGGUACAACCUGUGCACGAACAACUGCGAGACGUUCGCGUACUGGUGCAGCACAGGGCGGCGACAGGUGCUCUCUCGCCAGGCGGCCCGGGGCCUCGUGGGGGCCGGCGUCGUGGCCGCGGGCGCGUCCGCCGUCGUGUCUGCCGGAGGAUUCGCCUCUGCGGGAGCCGCCGCCACAGUGCUCGUCCCCCGCGGCGUGCGCGGGGUCCAGCGGGGCGUGAAGGCGAUAGAGUGGGCGACGGGGGUGGCGGUCGUAGCCGUGGCGGCCGCGGACGUGGUGUCCACCCUCGUGACCAGGGCUCCCGUCGAGCGCAACCUCAACCUUCGGAGCGGUUCCACGGUUGCGAUCCUUACAGACAGCUGUAUGCAUCUGGUUGGGCGCUUGGGGUGCGGAAGGAGGGGGGCACGUCCUUUUCUUUAGUUGUCUUUGCCGUCGUCUGUUGCCGGAGGUAUUUUUUUUUGUCUCAUGUAUGUAUCUUGUGGAUAAUUGUUAGCUGAUUUUUCUGCGUUUCGGCCGCUCGGGCGAUAUAUUGUAGCGCGUUUGGCACUUUGGCAAUGAACUUCGGGUCUGUUCUGCUCUGUACAUACACCUAGCCGCGAUUCCUGCCCUUUGGGGGGAUGGGUGCACGUCAAAAGGUUAAGGUUUGACUUUACCACCCGGGUGCGAUCUCUGGGAGCAACUUUUGACC